UACAGUGGUGAUGGAACUUACUAUGCUCCCGGUCUUGGGUCCUGUGGCCACGACAACAAAGACACUGAUAUGAUUGCCGCCCUCAAUGCUCCUCAAAUGGGUAGCUACCCUAACCCCAACAACAACCCCAACUGUGGUAAAUACGCAAAGGUGACUGGACCAAAGGGUACCGUUCGUGUCAAAAUCGUUGAUACAUGCCCUCCCUGCCUUUCUGGCUCCCUUGACUUGAGCCCUGCCGCCUUUGUCAAGAUUGCCAACCUCGCUCAAGGCCGCGUCAACAUCCACUGGGAAUGGGACUAA